UCUCAGCUUUCAGACUGUAAGAAAAGCAGGCACCCACCAAUACAGCUACGGGAGCAUAGUAAACAGGGAUCACACCACGGAUCAAGCAACUUAAACGACAGCAGCUUGUCAUAUUUCGCAUUGCCGAGGUCCACAUCCACACAAGUGAUGCAGUCACUCGCCCAAGAAAUUAAAUCAUUCUCCAAAACCAAUCUGCGAAAGCAAUGCACUCGGGUGACGACUCUGAGCGGGAGGAGGAUUAUUGAAACAUGGAAAGGAUCCACUGUCCAUGUGGUUGAGGACACAGUCCAACCUGAGACGCCAUGUGGAUACAUUCAGGAUAAUACAUGGGAUCUCCAAGUGGGAUGUAUUAGACCUUAUUUGUUACUGGGUUCACAGGAUGCCGCUCAUGACUUUGGCACUUUAAAGAAGUACAAGGUCACUCACAUACUGAAUGUGGCAUACGGUGUGGAAAACGCUUUCCCAGAUCUCUUCAUCUAUAAAACCCUGAGCAUACUGGAUCUACCUGACACAGACAUCAUAUCACACCUACACGAGUGUGCACAGUUCAUAGACCAGGCCAAGGCAGAGAAAGGUGUAGUGCUCGUCCACUGUAACACUGGUGUGUCUCGGGCAGUCUCUGUGGUCAUCGGAUACCUGAUGUGGAGAGAAGGCCAGUCAUUUGAUGAUGCGUUUUCUCAGGUGAAGUCAUCGAGGUCAGCGUCGUGUCCGAACCCAGGUUUCAUCGAUCAGCUGAAAAAUUUCAAACCCCAAUGCGGUUUACAAGCAAAUGGUCUGAUUGGUCAUUCAUAAAUCCAUAAAUUACAUUGUGUGUGUUCAUACUAAAGGCACCAGUGCUUCCGAUAAGGUUUCUGACAUGGCCAUAACCAUGAUAAUCAUGAUCUUCUAUCUUUUAUGAGUAUGAGGAGGAAUGAGCAUUUAGACUGGCAAGGAGAAAGUU